AUGGUCACCGAGGAAGAAGCGUUGAAAUUGACGAUAGAAGAAUCAGAGUCGGUCGCAACAAAUACCAGGCUUGGAGAUAGCCACGAUGAAAAGUCAAACGGCAAUGAUACUGCAUCGCCGCUCUUGACAUGGACGUACGAGGACGCGUUCAACGACCUCGAGAGAGACCCGGUCAAUCUAGCUCAUCGAAUGAUUUUCCUUGGACUUGGAUCCAUUCACACCACGGGCUCGCAGACAGCCCAUGCCAUUCAUGAUCUGGCCGCCCGGCCGGAGCUCGUGAAAUCUCUGAGGGAAGAAAUAGAGGAAGUGAGAACGGCCGAGAAGGGCUGGGAGAAAGCCGCAUUAGUGAAAAUGUGGAGACUAGACUCCUUCAUGUCCGAGUCCAAACGGAUGAACCCACCUGCUUUGACAGCCGUCUUUCACCGCCUAGCAAUGGAGCCACUAGUCCUCUUCGACGGCACCCGCAUCCCAAAAGGCACUUUCAUAGCCAUCGCCGCUGCAUCGAACCUCCUAAACCCAGACGUUGUCCUAGAUCCCUAA